AUGGAGGAAGAAAGCGGCAUCGCAGAUGCAGACGUUGAGGAUCUGGAGGAUGCAGGGGAAGAUGAACAGGAUGCCGGGAAGGAAUAUCAGGAUGGAGAUUUGGAGAAGGCUUUGGAGGAGGAAGCAGUGGAGGAGGAAGUCCUAGAUACAGAAGAGGAUGUGCUUGGAGAAGAAUUGGCACCUGACGUUCUGGAAGAGACUUUGGCAGAGUUUGGGGACGAUGCACUGGAGCAACUGAAUGAGAUUGAGGGAGAAGUCUUGGCUGAACUGGUGGCGCCAGAUGAAGAGGUCGAGAAGACCGCUUUGGAACUGGAUGACGAAGAGGAAGAAAUCGUCCUGGAGGAGGAAGUUCAAGAGAACAUUGAUUUGUUGCCAGAGGAGGAAGCGGUACUGGAAGAGGAAGCUUCAGAAGAGGAGGUGGAGGACAAUGAAGGAGUACAAGACCACCUGAUGGAAGCGGUGGAAGGAACUCUACGCCUCAAGCGCCUUCUCUCCCAAGACGAGGAGGUCCCAGAAGAGGUGCUUGGGAAGCGGCGGCGGAAGAAGGACGCAGCUAUACAGCUUUGGUGUGAAAAGGAGCCAGCAGCUUCCAACACUGAUGAGGCCCGGAUCCAGCAGCUCCUCACCAGAUGGGGUUUGUUGCAGGACAAAGUCACCAGACAUGUGCUGGAGAGUUUCACCAUGGACGAGCUCAAGUUGUUGGACAACACCUACACUCCGGAGAAGUUCAACAUGAAGCGCGGUCCUGGCGAGUUGGUCCAUUGCCAGGUGGCCGCCAUGAAAGAGAGGGGUGGUCCUGGCGGAGGAUCGGUGGACUUGGUGGCGGCUUUCAAGCAUCGAUUUAAGCUCAGCGCCGAAGAAGAGGCCAGGCUUCGCGAGCUGAGUCACAAAAACCUGCGAUAUGUCAUCAAGGAGUAUGAUGAAAGCACUCCUCUGGAGGAGGUGAUUGAAGAGGCUGAGAGCUUCGAAGUGAACGAAGGCAUUACGGAGGGUGCUCUCGCGGGAGAACUGGGACUGCCUGUGAUGGCACGGUUCAACCGCCUUGAGCUCAUCGACCCCAUGGCAGUGGCAGCCAUCUUUGGUGAUGCCAAUCUGAGCUUCGCGCUGAAGCUCGCCAAGCACCGGGAGGCGCUCGGUCAUGUGGGCCGUAUCAUUGCCACAACCUUCGAGACUCUGGAUUGCCUUCGAGAACGCUACAAGGAGAUUGAUGAGACCAUCAAGACCUUGGAAGGUCUCUACACCGAGGUGUACCAUGGUGUCGAUUGUACACGAAUUGCGGUUGACAGCCGCUUUCAAGGAAUGGAGGGCCGCCUCGGGGCGGUUUACUACAACUUCCCACAUGCCGGCGUCGUCACAGGCUUCUUUGAUGGGCACCCCUGUGUGAAUUGGCGCCAUGAGAACCUCAUGCGGCUCUUCUUCCGCGCCUUGCGCUCCUUCAUGAAGCCUGGAGGACUCGUGAAGGUGGCCUCCAGCAAGACGGCUGUGGGAGUCCGAUUCUUCUACAUCAUGGAGGCCGCCGCCGAAAACGAGUUUGUUCACAUCGAGACGAUGCCCUUCAUGGAAUGGCAUCUUCAUAGAUAUGGACGAUCCUAUGGCGACAAGCGUGAUGUGCAUCGGCGGCCGGAGGCCGGUGAGAACUACAAUGUGCAGCGAAAAGAUGCUGACAUGGUCUACACGUUCAAAUACGUACCUAGUGGAGCAGCGCUCCCACCACAGAGCAUCCGGAUGCCACCGAAGUUCAACGUGCUGAAAGCAUGUCCUGAUGGUCCUUUCAGGAUGCUGAUCGGCGAGGCCCGACAACGGCAUGCCAUGGCGUUCCUUGGACCUGGUGCCGAUGCUUCUCACGCCAGCACCACCGGUGCCGAACGGGUGCGAAGGACGACGAGUGCGGUGGACACCGGGUGCACCGGAGGGAAACCGGUGAACAAGUUGGAAGAAAUGGCACGCCGAAGCAGCUCCAUCCUGGUGGUGGCCCUUUUGGCCCUGGCCUUCUGUGGCUUCGCCUUCGUGGCACCCAGCACCGGUGCUGCCCCUGAACCACAGCUGCGCGGCAAGCAGGCCGAAGCGGCCAUGCUCGGUGCCGCAGUGGCCGUCGGGCGCCUCAGGCCCCAGCUGGUCAGUCGGGUCGCACGAGCCGCGCAAUGGCCGGGUCCCGCCACCGCUUCUGAGGAACAGCUUCAAUUUCUGGCUGCUGAAGUGAAGAUGCAGGUCGAAGCGGCGAGUCAAGUGGCUGUGACGAAGAUCGAGAUGUGCAGUGCGCGACCUUCGGCGACGUCUGAUGAGGAGGAGCCUGGCAAUGAUGCGUCUCCCAAGAAGCGCAAGACCGAGGACUCCAUCCAUUUACGAAAGCUUCAGUUGAGUGGCUUGGGGCCGAAAACCACCAAAGAGGAGCUCCAAGCUUGGGUCGAGGAGCAGUUGCCAGGUGGAUGCGGCAUCGAGUCUGUGCGGCGUCUCAUUGACAAGCCCGGUCACUUCCUGAUCUCUUUCCGGAAGGACCAGAAUGCCAAACGAGCGCUGAAAAGUCUUCAUGGAGCAGAUAUGAAUGGACACACAGUGUCUGCCACUUUGAGAGCGUUGGAGCUGAGCCGGCAGAGCAGCAAGGAAGCAUUUGCGAAAGGCCGGGGUCCGGUUCCGUUCACCGCCACGUUAUUCGGCGCAGCCGACGACCCGACCGGCGGGGACCGGGGACAAGCGCGCCAGACGGCGGGCGGGAGCCUGCGCCGAGUGGGCCGAGUGGGUGAGGCCUUUGGAGGCAUCGGCGAGGUGGUGGACUUGCACUUGCCAAUGAAGGAGAUGACUUGGCCGGUUUGGCGCGGUGGUGCCUUUGACCAAGACGUAGAUGGGGCAUACCUGUCGUUGAUGCUCAUGGCACAUGGCGCAGUGCUUUUCAAAACCGGCUCAAAUCUCCGACUCAUUGGUCAUCUUUUUGUGGACUUGCGCAACCGCAGUGACUUCGUGGCCGAGACCUAUGCGGCCGUGUCGGGCGGCGCGGCCUUUGCCGAGGCCGAGGACCUCCUGGGCGCCGAGUGCUUCGCUGAAGCGGUUGAGAAGGGCCAUGAAGCAUUAGGAGCUUUGAAAGCCAGUGGCAACAAGACGGCCGUGGCUGACGCGACGCGUUUGGUGGUGAAGGGACUGGUAGGUCAAGAACAACAUGCUCGAGCUCAAGAGCUGGUGAAGGAGGAGUUGGCCCGCUUCCGCGAGGCGGGAGACCGUCUGGGGGAGGCGAAGAUGUUGAUGUCGAUGGGCGAGUCCACGGCGGCCAAGGAAGGCAAAGCCAAGGCGGAAGCCGUGAGCUCUCUCAAAGAAGCGCGGUCGAUCUGCAGGAACUUGAACAACAAGGAAUGGGAGGCGAAAGCUUUGCUCACCUUGGCCUUGCUGAACCUCGCCAAAGUUGACGACCUUGGAGCAGUCGAAACAGCCCUGAAGAACGCCACAGAAGCGAGAGACAUUUGCCAAGACUUUGACAACAAGCGAAUAGAGGCGGAGUGCCUCUGGGCCAUGGCGGAGGCGCGCGGCUUGGUCUCCUCCCCCGACGAUGCGCUGGACGCCGCGGACGAGGCAAUGGACCUCUUCCUGGAACUCCGGGAUAAGCGUAUGGAGGCUUUGGCGCUGCUGAAGAUGUCAGAGUGGAAUCUGAAACUGGGAGAUCAUGCCCGAGCUCUUUCGGAUGCAGAGGAUGCUCUCGAGAUCUACCAGAUGUUGCAGUCCCCAUUAGAAGUGAAGGCCUUGCGCAGCGUCUUCGACGCGCACCUGGCGCGGUCGGACAUGCGGAAGGCACGUCUGGUGGCGGCCGAAGCCCUGCGACACUUCCGCGAGCGGAACGACAAACCUGCACAGGUGCAGGCUGUUCGCAUGCUCGUGGAGCUCUACGUGAAAGCCAACCGAGUUGAAGAGGCUUUGACCGCUGCAAAGCGUGGAAUCACUGUCUGCAAAGAGCUCGGCGAUACAGCUGCACAGGCCUCUUUGAUGCUGACCGUUGGCCGUGCCCGCUUGCGUAUGGCGCAGCUGGACAAAGCCAUCGCCAUCGCACAAGACGCCUUUGCGAUGCUCAAAAAGAUACCCACAACAACACAGAAAAUCUGCGAUGACAAGGUUGAGGCGAUGCACGUGCUGAUCGAAGCGAAAUACCAUAAGGGCCAUAAGGAUGAAGCGUUGGAUCAGGCCUUGGAAUUCAAGGAGAUCUUUGAGCAUCAGAAUGAUGGGCGGGCCUUGGGGCAUGCGCUCUUGAUUGCUGCCACACUGGAAUUCAAGAAAGGCAACGUGGAAGAAGCCGCGAGCUACAAUAGCAAGGCACAAGCGAUUUUUGGUGAGGAGUCCGAUAUGGCUGGUGAGUCGGAUGCUCUGAAGAUGAAUGCAGAGAUUCAAUGGAAGAAGAAUGAAUUCAAGUCAGCGAUCCGAUUUGCCGAGAAAUCCAGAGCAUUGUACCGAGAGCUUGGCAAGACGGAGGGCGAAAUCGCUUGUAUGUACAUGAUCUCUGAGAACGCGGUGCGUCUGUCCGUGAAGGAGGGUGCCAAGAUCUUCAGCGAAGAGCCAGUCCCGCGGCAAGCGCGCGAUGCUUUGGAGAAGGGGAUCAAGCUGGCGGAGGCGGGAAUCAAGUUGGCCAAGAACAACGGCCUUGCCACUGCGCCGGAGCUAAUGGGCUCGCUGCUGUGCGCUCGAGCGCAGGGCUUGACGUUGAAGGCACGCUUCGACGAGGCGCUGAGCUGUGCAGACGAGGCGGUGCUCAUCUACAGGGAUUUGGGAUGCUACCAGUUGGAAGCCAAUGCACUGAUGCUGACCUGCGACAAUUUGCGAGCGCUGGAAAGGGUGAAGGAGGCCGCCGAGGCGGCGGAUGAAGCGCUGGCGCUCUAUCGGCACGUGGACGACACGGCGGGGGAGAAUUUGGCCUUGGAGGUGAUCGCCACCUUCCAGGAGUUCAUGCAACAGCAAGCUCCACAGUUCAUGCCGCCGCCUCCUGUUCCGGGAGCUGGUGGAGCACAGGUGCCUGUCUGGCAGCAGGCUCAAGAUGCAGGAGGACCACCGGAGGCCGCCGUGUCCAAACCCAUCCAGCGCGGACCGGCCGGGCCCGCGCUCGACGUGAAGUCUGGGCUGAGCCUCGAGGUCGUCACCGGCAAGGUGAAGGAGAUUGCCCUCAGGAUCACCGGUGCAGACGAGGGUGAGAUUGAAGCCGACACACCUUUGAUGGAAGCAGGCUUGACCAGCAAUUCUGCAAUUAUCAUGCGUGAUGAGCUUUCUCAAGCUCUUCCUGGUGUGCAGCUGCCAGUCACCCUGGUCUUCGAUUACCCUUCCGUGUCUGCGAUGACUGAACUGAUCCUGCAGAGCACCGGGGCUCCUGCCCUGAAGAAUUAG